GGAGGCGGCAGGCGCGACUUCGGAUAUAUCUGUCAUUUCAGUUUUUGGCGAAGUUACAGGGUUUUACGAGCUCAAAAAUGGUGGUGAGAAUUCGGUUGUCGAGGUUUGGAUGUAAGAACAAGCCGUUUUAUAGGGUGAUGGCUGCCGAUAGCCGAUCUCCUAGAGACGGCAAGCAUCUCGAGGUUCUAGGUUACUAUAAUCCCCUGCCAGGUCAAGAUGGCGGUAAACGAAUGGGUCUUAAUUUUGAAAGAGUGAAGUAUUGGCUUUCAGUUGGUGCUCAACCUUCAGAUCCUGUGCAGCGAAUUCUUUUUAGAGCAGGGGUACUUCCACCACCCCCAAUGGUUGCAAUGGCACGUAAAGGUGGACCACGUGAUUCUCGUCCUGUUGAUCCUCUUAGCGGACGCUUCACGACUCCACAGAAGGCAACUGAUGAUUCCAAUAGCACCAAAGAUGGGAACGCUGAUUCGUAAUUUUUUUUUUUUUUUCAGAAAAGCCUCUGAAACGCCCCGUUGUUCAGGUAAUAGAGUUCAAUAAAUCGGUCGAUUUACUUAGGUUGCAAGAUGAAUGGUUUUUUUAUGGGAAAUUAUGAAAGGCCGAGUAGUUUCAGUUUAUUCUGAAAUACUAAGAUGAGCCUAUAGAUAUGAUCAAUAGCCAAUCCCCAGUGCCAAGUAUAGGGCCGUUGGACUUAGCCAUUCCAUUACUUCGAGAAAACAUUGUCGUGUUGUUGUAUCAAUUAAAAUGAGAUAGGAUUAUGAUUUUGCUUCCGGGGUAGCUUUGAAAACAUAUCUUUGUGAACUAUUAACCAUUUCGUUUGCCCGUAUGUGCACUGUUUUCUCAGUUGAACUAUCUUCUUCAA